AUGAUCGUUGUUAUCCUUUCUUUUCGCUACAACAUCCCUUCCUAUCCAUUUCAACAGAUAUUUCUUCCUUGUCUGCAAGCUUUCAUCCAAAUAUUUCUUAAGGUCUUCCUUCCUGCCUUCCUGCCUGCCUUCCUUCCUUCCUUCAUUCCUUCCUUCCUUCCUUCCUGCCUGCCUUCCUGCCUGCCUGCCUGCCUUCCUUCCUUCUUGCCUUCCCCUUCCUUCCUUCCUUCCUUCCUUCUUGCCUGCCUGCCGGCCUUCCUUCCUUCUUGCCUUCCUUCCUUCCUGUCCUUUCUACCUAACUGCCUUCCUUCCUUCCUUCCUUCCUUCCUUCCUUCCUGCCUGCCUUCCUUCCUGCCUGCCUUCCUGGCUUCCUUCCUUCCUUCCUUUCUUCCGUCCUUCCUUCCUGCCUGCCUUCCUUCAUGUCUUCCUUCCUGUCCUUCCUUCCUUCUUUCCUUCCUUCCUUCCUUCCUGCCUGCUUUCCUUCCUUCCUUCCUUCCUUCCUUCCUUCCUUCCUUCCUUCCUUCCCUGCCUGCCUUCCUUCCCUCCUGCUUCCCGUCCUUCUUCCUGUCCUUCUUACCUUCCUUCCUUCCUUCCUUCCUUCCUUCCUUCCUUCCUUCCUUCAGUCGUUUCUUCUCCAGGACAUUUCUUUCUUUUCGCUUUUUUCCCGCUUCUUUACACACUUCUUUUUCUAUGUUAAUUCCCACCACCUGCCUGCCUUCCUUCCUUCCUGCCUUCCUUCCUGCAUGCCUUCCUUCUGUCCUUCCUUCUGUCCUUCCUUCCUGCCUGCCUGCCAUCCUUCCUGUCUUCCAUCCUUCCUUCCUUCUUGCCUGCCUGCCGGCUUUCCUUCCUUCUUGCCUUCCUUCCUUCCUGUCCUUCCUACCUAUCUGCCUUCCUUCCUUCCUUCCUUCCUUCCUUCCUUCCUUCCUUCCUUCCUUCCUUCCUGCCUGCCUUCCUGGCUUCCUUCAUUUCUUCCGUCCUUCCUUCCUGCCUGCCUGCCUUCCUUCAUGUCUUCCUUCCUGUCCUUCCUUCCUUCUUUCCUUCCUUUCUUCUUUCCUUCCUUUCUUCUUUCCUUCCUGCCUGCCUUCCUUCCUUCCUUCCUUCCUUACUGCCUGCCUUCAUUCCUUCCCUUCCUUCCUUCCUUCCCUUCCUUCCUUCCUUCCUGCCUGCCUGCCUUCCCUUCCUUCUGUCCUUCCCUUCCUGCCUGCCUGCCUUCCUUCCUGUCUUCCUUCCUGUCCUUCCCUUCCUUCCUUCCUUCCUUCCUGCCCGCCUUCCUUCCCUUCCUUCCUUCCUGCCUGUCUGCUUUCCUUCCUUCCUUCCUUCCUUCUGUCUGUCCUUCCUUCCUUCUUGCCAGCCUUCCUUCCUUCCUGCCUUCCUUCCUUCCCUUCCUUCCCCUGCCUGCCUUUUCCCCUUCCUCCUUCCUUCCCCUUCCCUUCCCCUUCCUUCCUUCCCUUCCUUCCUUCCUGCUUGCCUUCCUUCCUUUCCUUCCUUCCUUCCUUCCUUCCAGCCCGCCUGCCUCCCUUCCUUCCUGCCUGCCUGCCUUCCUUUCUUCCUUCCUGCCUGCCUGCCUUCCUUCCUUCCUUCUUUCCUUCCUUCAUUCCUGCCUGUCCUUCCCUCCUUCUUGCCUUCCUUCCUUCCUUCCUGUUCCUUCCUGUUCUUCUUACCUUCCUUUCUUCCUUCCUUCCUUCUUUCCUUCCUUCCUUCAUUCCUUCUUUCCUUCAGUCGUUUCUUCUUUUCCCGCUUCUUUUACACUUCUUUUCUAUGUUCAUUCCUUCUCAUUUGAGGAAACAUUUCGCAAUUUACGAGGAAUUCAUUGCCGCCUGUCGUCGCCACACCCCAACGGUUUCACCCCCAGGGACGGCUAAACGGAGCGCUUCGCUUUUCAUCAUCGCGUCGGAUGGCACCUCUCCUGACAGCUGCUUAUGUUGUUUGACUGACACCAAUCAAGCGAUGAGUCAGCAAUGA